AUUGCCGCUUCUGUAGCCGACCGUAAGUGAGCUUUUGCUUGGAAAGGCGCCACUUGUAAGAAUCCGGACUCUCUUGCACAGAAAGCAGGACAUGGCCAAGCCCAAGAUUGCAGUUGUUGGCGCUGGGCUGAUUGGCCUCUCCACCGCGGUGUGCAUUUCAGACGCCAUUUCAAACUGCAGCGUGACUGUAGUUGCUGACAGAUUUACUCCCAACACGACAAGUGAUGUAGCAGCCGGAAUGCUUAUUCCACAUGCUUGCCCAGACACACCGGUUCAUCGACAGAAGCAAUGGUUUAGGGAGACCUUUGACCACCUGUCAGGAAUCUGCAAUUCCUCGGAGGCUUCAGAGGCUGGGAUUCAUUUGGUAUCUGGCUGGCAGAUUUUUAAAACCAUUCCUGAUGAGAAGGCCCCAUUCUGGUCUGAUGUGGUUCUAGGGUUUCGCUCAAUGACUGAAAAAGAGCUGAAGAAAUUUCCACACCACAAAUAUGGUCAGGCCUUUACGACCCUGAAAUGUAACUGCCCGCCUUAUCUGAUCUGGCUGGAGAAAAGGCUGAAAGAAAAUGGGGGCCAAGUUCAUUCUAGACACCUAGAAGACCUCUGGGAACUCCACAAUGACUAUGACAUCAUAGUGAACUGCUCAGGCAUUGGAUCCAGGAAGCUCGUAGGUGACCUAGAGAUAUACCCCACUAGAGGUCAAGUUCUCAAGGUUCAUGCCCCUUGGGUCACGCACUUCAUUCGCGAUGGGGACGGACUGACAUACAUCUACCCAGGGAUGCACAAUGUCACAUUGGGAGGGACAAGGCAAAAAGAUAUCUGGACGCUGUCCCCGGAUCCCAAGACCAGCAAAAACAUAUUUGGUCGAUGUUGUGUUCUUGAGCCGUCGCUUCGGACAGCUCGGGAUAUUACAGUGCGAGUGGGCCUGAGGCCAUCCAGGUCAUCCGUGAGGCUGCAGAAAGAGAUACUGGUCCGAGGCAAUGAGAAGCUACUGGUGGUCCACCAUUAUGGGCAUGGUGGCGGUGGCUUUUCAGUGCAUCAGGGUACAGCCAGAGAAGCAACUCAGCUGGUUAAGGAGUGUAUUGGAGCACUGGAGAUGUCUAGGAAUAGGGCUAAGCUGUAAACUAUGGUGAAAACUCCCUCUCUCCCCUCUCAUUUUUUAUAUUUAGUAAUAUAGUUGGAUCAGGCUGUGCUUAUUGUGACAUAAAAUCUGGAAUGGGUGGAGAACCUCUUUCAGCUCGAGGGCCGAAUUCAACUCUGGAGAAGCUCUCGGGCUGCAUUCCAGUGGUGGGCGUAGCUGAAGGCAAAGGGGUUGGGGGUCAAAAGUACAAAACCACCGGCAUAUUUUAGCUUGAAGCUCUUACUGCCAGUAACUCAGCCUUAGGAGACACAUCUCAACCUUUAAGAAUGGGAGGAAAAACUGUGCCAAAGCUGGGGAACCAUCCAAUGAUUGGUGGUUGGG